AAUUAUAAAUGGCGAAGUGCUCUGGAUGCUUUUAAGCGUGCUGCUGCUGCGUAUAAAAAGAAACAUAAGAAAUUGCCAGUUCUUGUAUUUGAUAACAUAAGCAUUCUCAAUAUAAGUCAUCCAGAAAUUAUUGAUAUUCUUCAAGAAAAUGCUAAAAGAAGUGCUGAUAUGUUAGAAUACACUAUAGUAUUUAUCACUAGCGAAGGAUCGGUCCUGAAUAGGAUGAGAGGUAAUCCAAUAGUGGAAAUCGGAGAUGUUACUGAAGGUGAAGCUAUAGAUUUUCUAGUUAAUAGACACAAAGUAUGUAAUGAUGCAGAAGCAAAAAAGUUAUAUGAAUUUAUUGGAGGACGUAUUUUGGAGCUGCAUUAUGCAGCUGAAGAUAUUCAUAAAAAAUUAUCCUUUGAAG